AUGCAUAUUCUUGUCACUAACGACGAUGGUCCACCAUCAGAUCAAUCCUCGCCGUAUGUACACUCGCUGGUGUCAACACUGCAAAAGUAUGGCCACACCGUGUCGGUUGUCCUUCCACACACGCAGAGAUCUUGGAUAGGCAAGGCACACCUUGUUGGCAAGUCGAUAUCACCAACAUACUAUCGACCUGAACCCCUCCAAACUACCGCCGGUGGUCGCCUCACAAACCACGGAACGACUCACAACUCGCCCCUGCCACCUUCUUCAAAUGAGGAAGAAUGGGUGCUCGUCGACUCGACCCCUGCCUCAUGUGUACAGAUUGGCCUAUACCACUACUUCACCGAGCGUGGGCCAAUCGAUCUCGUCGUAUCCGGACCAAACUACGGCCGCAAUAGUACUGCGAUAUUUUCCCUCUCAUCGGGUACCAUAGGUGGAGCGAUGGAGGCCGCCGUUUGUGGCAUGAAGAGCAUAGCACUAAGCUACGCCUUCUUCGACCGCAACCACGAUGCCAACAUCAUCAGCGGCGCGAGCGAGCUCAGCGCAAAGCUCAUACAAUACCUGUGGGACAACUGGGACAAGAACACGCACCUGUACAGUGUCAACGUGCCUCUAGUGGAGAACGUAGGAGAGCGCAAGGUCUUAUGGACAAACAUGUUGCAGAACACAUGGAAGAGCGGCAGCUGUUUCCAGGUGGUGGAAGUGCCCUCGGAAGCCGAUGACAAACCAGCAGACAUUGAAGGUCAAAUCCGCAAGCAAGAAGAGAAACUGGGCAAGAAAGAACUCAAGUCCAACUCGGAGAAUGCCGGGGGAGCAAGUGGUACGGAUUCGGGACAAGACACGCCGUCUGGACAGCCACAUUCGAGGUAUACGCAUAAGCACUUCAAGUGGGCGCCUUCAUUCAAGGACGUGUACCAGAGUGUGGAGGAGAGCGAGCCAGGCAACGAUGGGUGGGCUGUUGCGCAGGGAUUCACUAGUGUGACUCCGCUCCGGGCAAACUUUAUGCACGUCAAUGGGUUCGAGGGAGAGAUUAAGCUUUAG